AUGAAGAUAACUGUGGAUUUCGAGGAAUGUCUGAAGGACUCCCCACGGUUCAGAGCUACCAUAGAGGAAGUGGAGGGGGAUGUGUGUGAGUUGGAAUCUAAGCUUGACAAACUGGUGAAGUUGUGUAUUGGGAUGAUAGAUGCUGGGAAAGCUUACAAUGCUGCCAACAAACAGUUUGUCAACGGGAUCCGGGAGCUAGCCCUCCAAUCUACCAAAGAUGAAGUCAUCGAGUCCAGUCUCUCAAAGUUUGCAGAAAGCCUUCAGGAGAUGAUAAACUAUCACACGAUAUUAUUUGAUCAGGCCCAGAGAUCAAUCAAGACCCAGCUUCAAACAUUUGUUAAAGAUGAUCUACGUAAGUUUAAAGAAGCCAAGAAGCAAUUUGACAAGGUGAGUGAAGAAAAGGAAGCAGCACUGAAUAAGAAUGCCCAAGCUCCCCGCAACAAACAGCAUGAAGUAGAAGAGGCUACCAACAUCCUGACUGCCACACGAAAGUGCUUCCGACACAUUGUCCUCGACUACGUUUUACAGAUUAAUGUGCUACAGUCCAAGAGAAGAUCAGAAAUCUUAAAAUCUAUGCUGUCCUUCAUGUAUGCCCACCUGACCUUUUUUCACCAAGGCUAUGACCUCUUCAGUGAAUUACAGCCUCUAAUGAAACAGCUUGGAGGGCAGUUGGACCAGCUGGUGGUGGAUGCUGCCAAAGAGAAGCGGGACAUGGAGCAAAAACACUCCACCAUCCAGCAAAAGGCGGCUUUGCAGGAGGUGACGGAGUUCGGCUCAGACCACCGAAACUUUUGUGCUUGGAGGUCAUCCUCCGACUUCUCAACCGACGACACAAAGUUGGAAUACAACGUGGAUGCGGAUAAUGGCAUCGCCAUGGAAGGUUAUCUUUUUAAGAGGGCCAGCAAUGCCUUCAAAACAUGGAAUAGACGGUGGUUCUCCAUCCAAAACAAUCAGCUGGUUUACCAGAAAAAAUUUAAGGACAACCCGACUGUAGUUGUGGAAGACCUGAGGCUAUGCACAGUCAAACACUGUGAAGAUUUAGAGCGGCGCUUCUGUUUUGAGGUGGUGUCACCCACCAAGAGUUGCAUGAUGCAAGCAGACUCUGAGAAGUUGCGCCAGGCAUGGAUCAAAGCAGUCCAGAACAGCAUUGCUACUGCCUUUCGUGAUAAGGGCGAAGAUGCUGAGAAGUUGGACAGGAAGUCUUCCACAUCAACUGGGAGCUUAGACUCUAGUGGGGAGCCCAAGGAGCGAUCACUGAAAGGGGAGAGUGCCCUGCAGAAAGUCAUUGCAAUCCCGGGUAACGCUUGUUGCUGUGACUGUGGCCAGCCAGAUCCACGAUGGGCCAGCAUCAAUCUGGGCAUCACACUUUGUAUCCAGUGCUCUGGAAUUCACAGGAGCCUGGGUGUCCAUUUCUCAAAGGUCCGCUCCCUGACUUUGGAUUCGUGGGAGCCAGAACUGCUUAAGCUUAUGUGUGAACUUGGAAAUGGAGUUAUUAACCUGAUAUAUGAAGCUCGGCGAGAGGAGCUGGGAGCGAGGAAACCACAGCCAGGCGACCCAAGACAUGAAGUGGAAGCCUACAUCAAAGCCAAGUACGUGGAUCGCAGGUUUGUGCGCAGGCCGUCUGACGAGGAGCUACGGCACAAGGUGGUGUCCCUCAGCAAACAAGAGAAGAGACUCAGCAGCAGUACUGAGCACCUCCCCCCAAGACCUCCGCCACCCACCCCCAAACUUCGGCCUGGUUCCAACAAUUCUGGGCAGUCAGCUGUUGCCAGUGGCUCGGAGGCCCGGCGGGACUCUCUCUUCUGUCCUGACGAGCUUCACUCACUCUUCUCCUACUUUGACAACUCCUCCAAGCUCAGGAGCAUCAAAAGCGCUGACAGUGGCAUCCAGCAAAGUGCCGAUGGCAGUAGGGAAAUGCUGGUCACCACCCCAUCUAAUAGUAGUUUGGCAGAUGCAGAUGUUGCUGAGUGUCCGCCCAUGCCAAUGCCAGCCACCCUGCCUCCGCCAUCACCUUGUAAGGAGAUGGUGUUCUGCGAGCCCAAGGAGUACAGUUCAGGCCUUCAGCUCUACUGGGCUUCGUGUGCCCGCAGUCUGCCCGACAUGGCUGAGGCGUUGGCUCACGGAGCUCCAGUUAACUGGGUCAACACAGAAGAUGACAAGCGGACACCACUCAUUAUGGCUGUGCGGGGGGGUUCAUUGGUAACCUGUGAGUUUCUACUUCAAAAUGCAGCAAAUGUGAAUCAGCAAGAUGCUCAAGGUCGAGGACCUCUGCAUCACGCCACCAUGCUGGGACGCACAGGGCAAGUGUGCUUAUUCUUGAAAAGAGGAGCCAAUCAAAAUGCUGCAGACAUAGAGGAGAAAACACCGCUGGCCAUUGCGGUGGAAGCGGCCAAUGCAGACAUUGUUACAUUGCUGCGUCUGGCCAAGAUGAACGAGGAGAUGCGCGAGGCUGAGGGGCCCUACAGCCAGUCAGGUGAUGAAACCUACCAGGAUAUUUUCCAGGAUUUCACCCACAUGGCCUCCAACGACCCAGACAAACUGAACCGCUACCAGCAUUAUGACCCCCACAAACCCUGA